AUGCAAUACCUGCAAGUCCUUUCCCUGAGGAGCAAUCAUUUUUUUGGAGAAUUACCUCACGCAUGGAGUUUGGGGAGCCAAAUAACCAUUGUAGAUGCUGCCUACAACAAUCUCUCUGGUAAUAUUCCCACUUCAAUGGGAGUAUUAAGUUCUCUUGAAAUAUUGAAGCUAAACAACAACAAUUUUGGCGGUAAGAUUGCACAUUCUUUGCACAAUUUCUCUGUUUUGAAAAGUAUCGAUCUUGGAGGCAACAAAUUAUUUGGGAGCAUACCUCCAUGGAUAGGAGGAUCAGAUGUAUACAUGCUACGAUUGCGAUCGAACUUUUUUACUGGACAAAUUCCCAGACAAUUGUGCAAUCUUGGCAACCUUCACAUCCUCGACCUCAGCCACAACAACUUUUCAGGUACUAUUCCCAGCUGUUUCAAUAAUUUGACUUCUCUCGUUCGUGAUGUUUCCAACAUAUUCCAAGAUUACUAUCAGGAGCCAACCAUGCUGACAUUCAAAGGACAAGAACUCGUGUAUAACACCACAAUAAUGUUAGUAAAGAGCAUUGAUCUUUCAUCAAAUAAUUUAGAAGGUGAAAUCCCUCAAGAGAUAGGUAGCCUCACUUUAUUGGGUACCUUGAACUUGUCGAGAAAUCAGUUGACUGGUAACAUCCCCUCAAUUGUUGGAAAUAUGCAUGGCCUCGAAACUCUUGAUCUCUCAAACAGCAGUCUUUCAGGACAAAUUCCUCAAACCCUUGCAUCCUUAACAUUCUUGGCGCACUUGAAUUUGGCUUAUAACAACUUGGUGGGGAGAAUUCCUUUGGGCAACCAAUUUCAAACGUUCAUUGAUCCGUCAAUUUAUAUGGGCAAUCCAUCAUUGUGUGGGGUUCCUCUUCCAAAGUGCCCGGGUGAUGACACUUUCACUGCUACAAAUACAAAACAUAGUAAUGAAGAUGGAAAUGAUAAUGGAGCAUUGUGGUUCUAUGUCAGCAUGAUCCUUGGCUUUAUCGUUGGCUUUUGGGGUGUUUGUGGCACAUUACUCCUAAAGAAAUCAUGGAGGUAUGCUUAUUUUCGAUUUUUGGACGACACCAAAGAUAAGGUAGCACUAGCAAUUGCGUUGAAAGUGGCUCGUUUGCAAAGAAAGUUUCAUCAUGUUUAG